CCACACCAGCGCAUCUUAGAGAGAGCAGCGCUUUAUGGGCUAUCAAAUACGCCGAGAGUCGACCGUUGGGAGCCCCUUUUGAGUACAACGGUCGUAUUCUCAUUCAAAUCUAAACGAUUGAAACAGCUUGUUUCUUCUUCUCCUUCGUUUUCGUCUUCUUCAUCUUCUGCAAUCUUCAAUGGCUAUAGAUAAAGAUUCUCACGUCUCCUCAGAUCGGCAAAAAUGGCAGAAAAUCUUCAACGCUCUGGUACACAUGUUACAGACCCAACAAACACAGGUCGAAUCCCUCGCUAAAGAGAGGAAACUUCUCGAAGAUCGCAUCAAAUUUCAAUACGACCGAUGGAUAUCUGAUGUCCAUUCAUUACAAGAUCAGAUCGCUCAGAUGGAGAUGAAAUUUACAGUGCAAGAAAAAGAGCGCUUGGUUGAGGCGGCGAAGUCGGACUUGUUGAUGGGUUUGAAAAAGAGAGAAGUUUCGCUUUGUAAGCUUAAGUUGGAAAGUACAGACGAUGAAUUGGUAGAUUUCAAAGUGUUAAUUGACUUCCUCUCUCAUGAAUGCUUGGAUCCAAAUGAUGAUUAUCAGGGAAUUUCCAAGGUAGGUGACAAAGAAAAGGGAAGCAGGGGAGACAACAAUUUAAAGUCUGUUAAAACCACCAAAGAAGAAGAGCAGUGUGCUAAGAGAUUGGAAGGUGAAGUAAGAAAGUUAAAGUGGGAAUAUGAGAAUCUUGCUUCAAGAAACAGUGCUGAGGUAUCUGCACUUUUGGCAGAGCAGAACUUUGUAUGGAAUCAGUAUAAAAUAAUGGAGAGCAACUAUUCUAACAAACUAAACAGUAAGCAUGUUGAAGUAGAACAAGCAAAUGAGAAGAUAGACAACCUUCUUGUUGGUAUGGAGCAAUUGGAGUCAUUAAACAAUGAAAAGGAUGAUAAGAUUGUAAAAUUAAAAACUGACCUGGCUAAGAUGGAGACUGAAACAAAGAAAAAGAAUGAAGAGAUCUCCAGACUUUCUAAGGAAGUGGAAUUGUUAAGAAAGUCUAGAAGUGCUUCAGUUACCCCUAUCUUAAAUCGUUGCACAGAGAAACAGAAAACUUCUGGUCAAGGUAAAAACAAAAGCUGGAUUGGAAGGAAUAUCUCUAUCAAGAAAGAAACACCUGCUUCAGAGAAGAACACUGAAAAGAAGAAGGAAUCAUCUGUUUCAGAAAAAAACACUGAAAAGAAAAGCAGAGGUUCAAAGAGGAAGGAAAUUAAUGUGACUCCCACUUCAGAGACUCCCAGGUUGUUCACAUCCACAUUCAAAAUUCCAAAGUUGAAGAACUCCUCACCUCAGAUCAUGUAAUUUGACCUUCACCACAUUUUCUGUGGGUGUAUUAUCAGGGCAUCUAGUAUGUAUAUGUUUGUGGAGCUUCGCUAAUUGCUCCGAGUGUAUUUCAUGUGACCUGCUCUAUAAAUUAAGCAAUUAUUUCAGCCAGGUAGCAAA